AUGGCGAAUUUGCUAGACGCUCCUCGAGAGGCGCUCUUCCUGGUGGCCUGCAAGCCUGAGACUUCACAGGAGCGGGCCACGGCGAAAGAAGAGCGCAGCCAGCUUCUGGAGCUCGAAGCCUCGUCUGUCAGGCCACGUUGGCUGAGUUUUCCGAGUCUGUGGUCCGGGGCGCUGCAGGUGCUCCAGCAAGAGACUCGCGAAGAAUGUGUCGGGUGUGCUUCAGAUGGGUUCCGCUUGACCCAGCUCUUUCAAGCACCGUCCAUCACCGUCCCACAUCACCGUCCCUGGCUGUUUCCAGAAAAGCCCAUAAAACAGGACACGGCAAUUCUCAAGUUCUGCUAUUUUGUGAAACUGCAGAUGACAACGCGACAAGUGUUCCAUCCUGAACAAAUCGAGAGAGGCACCCUGGGAUUCGCGGUGGCCAUGGUCCUGGUGGUGCGGGCUGGCUUCGGAAUGGUUGCUAUGUUAGUCUGUGGCUACGCCGCAUGGUUUGUCACCUGGUGCAGUCUCAGCUUCUUGAUGGCACCGCACGCUGGCAAGGCUGAGUGA